AUGCCGAAAGCCAGAAUCUCAGCAAUAUCCGCCAUCCUAGUUUACAUAUCCAUCCUCCCAAAUCUUGUGAUGAGCUUUGAUUGUAACAGCAUAGCCACAACCCGAUGCUCUGCCAGUAGAUCCGACGACAAACAAGCAUCAGACCUAGUCCAAUUCUCCCGCUGCACCCUCCACCAAAACUCAUUCUCCGCCCUAAUCCUCUGCGCCGACCACAACUUCCCAGUCACUGACAAGGACGACAGCAUCUCCGGGCGACAAAUCUUGCAAUAUGCCAUCUCGGGCUCGGACGGUCUGCCCAAUCCAAGUUGCGGCUGUUGUCCAGCCGUCACGAAGCUACGCAAUGCGCUCCAAAAUCGCAACGCAAAGGACUUCGCGACCGCAUUUUGUGGGCUGAAUCCUACGAAUAAGGGAAUGUGCUGUCUGGGCGCUUGUCUGAUUAAUGAUACGGGCGGUGGAUCAAGUGGGGAACACAAUAUUGAGACGUUCUGUGAGAAGAAGGGUGUAGAACUUAUGGAUACGAAGGUUUUGACUUGCUCCGAGGCGGAUACUACGAAGGCGUGUGGGAAUGCUGAGGCUACCUCGGGUGUGGACGAAGGUGCGGAUGAUACUGGAGGCAGUGCAUCUCUUCGCGGGACUUCUACCGUGGUAGCUACGCGGUCGUCAUUAUCGGCAGCAAUGGCGAGUCCUACGGUUGUGGUCUCGUUGACUCCGAGCCCAUCGACUACUAGCACAUCGAGUUCGCCGCCAACGCCACAGGCUACACCAAACACAAGCGUUGGCUACAAAGGCGAAACGACUUGGUCAAUCCGCCUUGAAAAGCUUAGUCUUGCGAUUCUUUCCUUCCUGGCCGUAUUUUGA